AUUCAAAAAUUGUCUACCAAAAUUCUAGGUUGUCUACCAUCCCCAUAUUCAACAUGAUAAAAGUUAAUCGAUACGACAAUCGAGGAAAAAUAUCUAGAACUUCGUAAAAAAUCUGUGAAUGGAAAACAUAAUAGAUACUUGUUCACCUACCUUGAGAGGACCAAAAUAUCGCCUAUACAUCGCGUUGUUUAAAAGAAGAAAUAAGCCACAAAAUGCGAUGAAUAUUUCACGAGACUCUUCCAAUAUGGCUUCCGAUACGCUGUCCACUUAAAAAAAUUGUGUAUGCCUCAUGAAAAGUCUUUAAAAUAUGCCUGAGAGCCUCGAAACGAUGACUGAUUCUGUCCGACUCCGUCCGCUGUUUUGAAAAUCUUUUAUCACUAGGGCGAUGUUUUGAUUUGUUUGUUGAUAAACACAACCGCGCCCUCUCAUUGGUUGAAAAGUCUCCCGUGACCAGUUGAUCCUUAAAUCUAGGGUUAUUCCGGACUGCUUAUUUAUAGCCUGCGUCGUAGACGCUCUAAACCUUCUGUAUAGAGCGUCCGCAAAUCGUGUUCGAAUCCCGUAAGGACAUAUGUCGCAAGGACAUAUGUCGGCGUUUUGAUUGGCUAGUUUCUUACGCAGUUUGUGAUUACUGUGUUGACAGGCCAAACACGACUAAUAGCUCGUGACAAGAGAGAUUGAGCUCGUGACGUAAAAUCUGUCGGAAUCCGGUCAGAAGCCCCAAUUGGUCGACGGAGUAGUUACAUUGUUUUAGAGACAAAAGGCCACAAAGGUCAAAUGUAAACGCGAAGAAUCUCUAACAAAACAGUUAAUAUUUGUGGAAUAUAGUCUUCUCUAGAAGAAGCAUUUGAGUUUCGCUGUAGCAACACAUCACCAAAAUCGACCAGAAGAGAAGUAAAAUUGGACAAUUUUAUAUUUGGAACUCCAUGACUACCGGAUUUUUUAUGUAAACAUUGAUUUGCGUCAAUAGUAUGGAAUUUCUGUCGCUGAGUCGCAGACGUUCCUCCGCGCGGAACGUCCCCAGCGGCGAAGAGCGAGGAGAAACGGUUGUUUUCGCAGGCUAAUCUAUAUCAUGAUUUCCUAAUUUAUAUAUAUAUCAUGAUUUCCUAAUUUGGUUUGACGCUAGAACUGUCGAGUAGAUUGCAGAGUACGCAGCAGUGCAUCGGCAGCAAUUGGAAGACGCUGGAAAACCAGUCGCCAAAUUUACAAGCAAAUUCUGGCUUUGAAGCAAUUCUCUCAAAGCAUUUUUUUUUGGUUCAGAAGAAGGCUUUAAAGUUCGAAUUGCUCUUUCAUUGUUUACUGUAAAAGAUCCUUGUCAACUCCCUUCUGUGGAUUUUGACAUGUCACUGCAUGCGCCCAACCGUCACGCACAACUAAGAAUUAGGUAAAUCGUGAGGCGCAUAAGAAACCCGUAAGAAACCCGCCUAUCAGAAACGCUCACAUAAUUGCGAUUCUGCAGGAUAUUGAACGAGGUUUUGUGCACUAAUUCGCAGACGGACUAUACAAAUGGUUUUUACUAGUGCGUGAGCCGACUGCAACGCAGGCAACUUAUUUACUGAUCCAAGAAAUCUCAAAAGAGGCUGGCUUCGGGCACAGGCAGCCCAGGCUGGUCAAGUACGCAGCCUGUUAUUGUGUACAUGUUGCAUUCGAUUUUGGGGUCUGGAACUAAGCAACAUCUUGACCACGGCAUAACAUGACAUAACAUAAGAACUUUAUUCAAGUGUCAAAUGUAUUUAGCUGUACAAAAUUGACAGCUAAUUGGAGGACACGAAUCUAAAUUAGUAUAUACACACUCAGUGAUCUUGGUGAUUUAAGCAAUCUGAUUAGUUCGCUAUCUUGGACUAUUCAACAAUAUUCACCUCCUAGCGAGUGGAUGAUGUGUGAGCUCGGUGUUUUUCCCAUUUUUUUAGAGAAUGAUCUUUUAAAACUCGACAAAAUUCUAGGGUUGACAGUUUUUAAGGCAAGAAAAGACGUCGAAGGAUUUAAAACGGCGUUUUUUCAUUUACUAUAAUUGAGUUUUUUGCUUGAUGGAUUGUCUACAACUCCCAUUUAUUCGCGUAGAAGAGGCCGUUUCGUGAACUCAGUGUUUCCUAACAAGAAAAAUUUGGCCCAAAAAUCGAAGUUUUUUUUUUAAGACAAACAAAUUUGAAAGCAGCUGUUUGCAGAAAUUCCACGUUUCAAGUAAAUAGGAAAAAGAAUGCUACAGACUGAGAUGACGUCUUACCUCGAGCAAUCGAGCCGCCAUUUUUGUCAGCACUUCAUUCAAAGAACGACACAACAAACCUUUUUGGCUAUAAACUUGGUAAGUCAACAAAAAACAACAAAGCUCUACUUUUCUUCUCAGGUAAGGAAACAAUUCAAACUUUUAACGGUUCCAUUUAAGCCAUUAUGCUGUUGUUUGCGAAGUGAUAAACUUGUGAAUUGCCAUGUUUAAAAAUUCUGCAAAGAUCUAUUUUUAAACUUUCGAGUGAUUUGAUCCAUCAAUCAAAUCGUACUUCUUAAUGGUUUCCUCCCUGAUUUUGUUGAGAUCACUUCGUGUGUAUAUACUAAAACAAUUAUUCUUUUCAGUCUCGGUGAAUAGUGGCUUUAGGAAUAUUUACCUCGCUGCUUCGUAGCUCGGUAAAUAUUUAGCCACUAUUCACCUCGAUUUCAAAGAAUAAUUGUUAAAUAUUACACUUAUCUAAAAAAUACAUAAUGAUAAUUUGCAUCUAAAAUUGAAAAUGUUAAAAUAUUAAAAUCUUAACUCAUAAAAAUAAAAUCAGGAUCUCCAAAGGUCACAACCGUCACAGUUAUUUUCUAAAAUACCAGAAAUAUCUAAAUUUCUGAUAGUGUUCUUGAAAGACUGAAGACUAGGUGGUUGCUUGACCUCGUUGUUUAGUCUUUUCCAUAGUGCAGGCAAUAGCAGAGUUUUUCAUUGCCAGCCAUGUUUGACCAUGAUGGCAUAGACUACGAGCAGUCUCUUCUUUUUCUUUGCAAAGUUACUACCUCGCCCCAGGGCUUUUCCCUAAAAUAAUGGGAGGGCCCUCCCAUUAUUUUAGGGAAAAGCCCUGGGGACGAGGUUGAAGUUACUACACGCCACCGCGAGCGUCGAUAAACGAGGGCGUAAGCCCGAGAAGAAAAAGUAGGAGACCAUCUUUUCUCGUCUCGUCCCAAUCACGUAUCGCUGGUUUUCAGUGUAACGCCAUUCAGAAUAGAUCAAAAUAAAAAUCAAAACCGUUCGAUAUAUAAGGUUCAGAAUUAUAAACCAAUGGUGUGAUAAAACCCAAAAAACAGUGGAUACAUUUAAAGAAUGAAAGUUGCAUACAGCUAAAUCUUGUGCUCCGAGAACGCAUAAACCACAACUGUACGGAGAUACCCUGCGAGCAGUGGUUUCUCUCUUGCAUGGCUUAUAUAGCGUUUACAAAGUCGUUCGCGUCGCUUGUCAGUCGCGUAGUUAACAAACCAGCUACGCAACUGACAAGCGACGCGAACGACUUCUCUUAAACGCUUAAAGCCGUGCAUGCAAGUGAGAAACCUCUGCUGAACCUCUGCUGACUUUUACACAAUUUUAAGCCGACAUACCUUAUGAAACCAGCUGUAAAACGAACAACAAAUUCAACAGGAGUACACUCGAACUGAAUAGUCUGUCGUAUAAGGUGCUAAACUAACACAUUUUACCUAGGUGUUGUCAUCUCUGACAGCCUCUCAUGGGACAAACAGGUUUGUGCGGUCUGUUCAAAGUCUAACAGGAUGUUAGGUUUCGUCCGGCGUAACACCAGGUGUAUUAAUCGUCUGUAAGACGAUCCAUCUAUUUAACGUUAGUGAGGUCCCACCUUGGGUACGCAACACAAGUGUGGGCCCCUUAAUCGAUCGAACUGGUUUGCAAGAUGGAGAGGAUUCAGGGGCGAGCUUGAAAAUACGUCCUCAAUCUUCCAUUUCACUGUCAACAAUCAUAUAAGGAUAGGCGUAUUCAAUUAAACCUGCUUCCCCGGACAUACUGGCACGAAUAUCUUGACAUGGUAUUCUUCUUUAAGGCCAUAACUGGGCGUGUUGAAAUUAAUUCAACUGUUCCUCAUCGGAUACGCGCUUCAACAAGAACCACUAGAUCAGAUACACUAGCAAUCCGGAUAUCACUUUAUUUUUAAUCAGGUACUGUAAAAACAACCACCUUUCAAAGAUCGUUUUUUAACAGAACUAGUAGAAUAUGGAAUGUUCUUGCCGCAGACCUUCGACUACCUGUUGCUUGUUCUUUAAGUUCAGAGUUCUUUUAAAGCUGUCCUGUACAGUUAUUACAAACAAGCUCUCGUCGCUUCCUACAUCCCUGAUGACUCUCGCUCUCUCAAAUCAUUAUGCUUGAUCUGCAACGCUGCCCAUAAUUUAGGACGGAACACCACCUGAUGUUUUUAGACAGUAUUGUAGUUCUUACAUUUUCUAGCGAUCUGUGUCUUGGGCCCGCAAUAAUUAGAUAGGGAAUAUAUGUACACAUCUAUUCAGCUGCUCUUCACCUGUCGCACUCGACGCAUUUUCCCCUGAAACGUCUUUAUUUCGCUUCGCCGAAGCUUGUGUUACUUCACUGAGUUAGCGAUCGAAGUUAAGUAGAUCUCUUUGCACUUUCACUUCAUCUGUGUGAAUUCAAAUUGCAAAAAGUAAAAUAAUCCGCUCACGCUGACAUCCGUGAUGUGUUGACAUUUCAAUGACAGAUUAUUUGCUGAAGGGCGGAUCGGCGGCAUCAAAUGCAUGUCUACAGGCUCCGCCACCCUUUCCCUCCCCAGACUAUCGCUCGGCUCGCGUCGCUCGCCGAUUUUUUUUUGCGCACACCAAUGUUUUUCUCCUUUCUCCCCCAAUGCAGAGCCUGUUGACUAUAGUGGUAUAUGGCAAACCAUAGUUCCAGAAAAUAUAUUCUGAGGACGUAGUUCACAGGGAAUAUUAUAAUAACGCAAUAUACUGUUGUGCAGGGAAUAUAAACUGCAGAGAAGAAUUCUGAGCUUUUGACUUUGUUUGAGAUUCUUGUUCACAGUGUACUGAACAAGACUUGUGCGGAGCCAUUAUUCGCUCUGCAGAAUAAUUUUCACAUUGUAUGGUCUGUUGUUUCACUUAACAGGACUGUUUGUGGCAGCCCAUCUUAUGAACUUCGAAUGGGUGAUUGUUAAAGGGAUAUCACAUUUUCACUAUGAUGGUAACACUCCUGAUGAGUCCUGGAAGUCAUUUGCUUCCGUCAUGGCAGCUUCUGUUGUGUCUUACAUGUUAAAUGUUCCGGGUUUUUUUAAAGAAUGGCCUCACUAUGGAGGUAUGCAUCCCUGUUCUAGUGAGUGAUUAUUAAUAGCGAUGAAUUUUCUGUUCAGAUAUUUUCAUGUAGACUGCAGGUUCAAUACUAUCCUUAGUUCAAAUCUUCUCUCUGUUUCAAACUCAAAUCAUACAUCUAAAAGACUGUUUAAAACACCAAAUAACGAAUUAAAGGCCAAAAGAAAAAUUUGUUUUUAGGGCUUCUCAAUUUUCCUUUCUUUGUUACAGACUUGACAGCAAAGAAUCGGCCAAAGACGACAACAAAGCCAGACAAACAGAUACCAGGUACAUAUAUUCUGUCAGUGUACUCAGUGGGUGUAGUCAGUCUUGUUUAGCACGUUCAAUCAUAGUUCUUAGACCCAAAUAUGUGUUUUUUUGUGCUUCCGCCUCGGUUUCAACAACAUCAUGAAGAUUUUUUUGUCUCCUAAAGAAAAACUGAAAAAGAAGACAAAGGAUGAUGAAGGCAUCACCAAAGAUAAACUUGACAACAACGAAGGUAAGGUAUAUCCCUUGCUACAUAUAUUUCAUUGAAAUUAUUGCAUUUCUGUCUCAUGCAGUUAAAAAAGAGUGACAGGUACGUUUUCUUCACCAGUGGAAUGAGCAGUAAACUAAGUACCAGCUUCAUCGGAGGGUCGUAGCCGGCAUGAGGCAAGACGAAGAAGCGCCUCGUCUGGAUUUAAACAAGAUUGAAUUUUCUAAAAAUGCAGAAAAUACAAUGUGGUGUUUCAAAGCCUCUUGAUUUUGCAAUUUUUCUGCAUUAAAAGUCGGAGACGAUCCUGGAUCGUGGGGUAAAUCCUGCAUUUUCUAUACCUCUAAGUAAACUCUUAAUCUCUAAAGAAACAAUCACUGUGCAGUAAUCUUUCUAACUGUUACAAGAACGAUACAUGACUGCGGCUAGAGACUAGCUUGCUUAACAUCAGUAUGAAACCUGAUGUCUCUUCUAGUUUAUUGUUAAACCCAUUCUUGUGAUACUUUUAGAUUUGAAUCCAGCCUUUGUGCGAGCUAGAGGAGAAAAGGCACUUGCUGCUUAUCACAGGGCCCUUGAGACUGGUGGUAGCACAUAUGAUAAACGUGUCAAGGUUUUACUCGUAGGCCAAGACCGUGUGGGCAAAACGAGCCUCGGUAAAGCUCUAAGAGGUGAACCUUUUAAUGAAGCCGAACUCAGUACUGAUGGAGUGCAAAUGAUCCCUGCUGUCAAGAAUGCUGGAACUGGAGCGUGGAGAAAUCCAGCUUUUCUUGGACACACGACAGUAUUUGAUCAUAAGGUUGCUGCAAAGACCGCUGAGGAUUUAUUGAGCACACAUGUGGAUCAGCUAACAAACACACAACUAACAGAAACCUCAGUUAGAAGUGAAUCUGAGAAAUUUCAUCAGAAACCAAGAGUAGUGUCGAAAACAACAGUUCAGUCCUCUAUUGCAGAUGGUGAGUUAAAGAAAUAUUCGCUCAGUUUUGAGGCUUAUUUGCAAUUGAUAGUUUAUGCUUAGAUCCUGUCUCCUGUUUUGUAAACCCUGAUAGGGCCCUUAAAGCUUAUUGAGAAGCUCGUGUUUAGUAAAAUUCAACUAGUGGUCUAUUAUCAAUGCUGCGUUCUGAUUGGUUGAGCUACUACUAGGCUAUACGUUAUAGCCCAACAGUAGCGAAAAGCGCCUGCUUUAAAAACCACAACAAUGGCGGCUGAAUCGCGUUAUGCUAGCUAAAGUUGUUUGUCUAGAUAUUUUUGACCAAUAUGUUGGAUUUUACUGAAAAAGAAUUAUUCCUCUCGCCCUCAUGGCCUCUGAGUCAAAAUAUUAAUCGGGCUCGAAAAAUAAUUGUUAAGUAUACUAUCAACAUAGCCUUAAUUGUAAAAGUAUCACUCCUCACCCGUUAAGUAUGGAGAAUCUCGAAAAAAUGGAACCCUGAAACAAACAAAAGAGCGAGCGAGGGUGGUCCACCUCCCUUUUGUAUAACUCUCGAACGUGCGAGCAAAUCCUUGCUUAUAAUAAUUACCCAUCCAUACAUAUACCUUAUUGAGUGCUCCCGAGGGUAUUUUCAGCCUCAAUGAUGGUACUUAUUAUGCCAAAGCACGUGCUUAGUAUGCGUCCACUUCGUUUCCAACAACAUCAUGAAGAAUUUCAUGCUUUUUUCUUUGUCUUGUAAAGAUAAAGUGAAGAAGACGAUGACUACUCGGGACGCUGAAGACAACACGAGAGAGAAACUUGGUGGCAAUGAAGGUAAGUUGUUUAUGUCAAAGGAAAUCAAUCUGACUUUGCUAAUUGGGUUUAAUACGAACCAAUUCAGCGACCUGCUCCCAGUUGGCUUGUUAGCUUAAUUGAUAGAGCACUUCACCAGUAUCGCAGAGGUCAAGGGUUCGAAUCCUGCACAAGCCUGAAUUUUUUUCAGGCUUUCUUUUCGCUACUGCAAAAGUUGCGUCUAUUACUGCGAUGAUCCUCUUUCAUAUAAGUUUUUUAUUUUUUUCUAAGCUUGCGAGCGGGCGGAAUCCUCCAAAUCCUGCAAUCUGAUUGGUUUCGAGAGCGGGCGGUUUUUUACGAUCUUGCCCGCUAACCAUGCAGGGCGGGAUUGUUGGCAGCUUCAUUCACAAGUUUGUUUGUUGUUUGUGAAAGAGCAAAAAACGUGAUUUUUAAACCAUUUUUCUUUUAAAACUUUCGUUAUUAUUAGCAUUAGCAAGGGAAAAGUGCAUUUUAUAAUUCAGACAAAAAACCUGAAGGGAGAAUAGAGCAAGUCAGCCAGGAAAACCACUAAAGUAAAGCAAAACAGGUGGCUCGUGAUGUCGUUUCACCACAGGUGGCCCAAGCGUAAUAUGAGAGUUUGUAUGGGAAAUAAAGAGUUUGAAACUUAAAUGAAAUAAAUAAAGUAAAAGCGAUAAAAGUUAUCAAUAAAGUGAAAAUAUUGUUACCUGGAGUCGUUGCCUUUGUUUUACGAAGUUUCAGCGCGAUUUGAGUACUUUUACAUUAUCUGACCUGUCAGGUCAAAUUUCACAAAAUUACAUCUUACUUACACAUGAAAUUUUCAGAAUUUUACCUGCGUUUUCUUAAUUCUUGUGAAAUUCGACAUUCAUUUUCUCGGACUUCCAUGAGUUAUUACAGAUGAAUAAUUACAUCUUAAGCCCUUGAAAAAUGUAAAAAAAUAAUGCAAUCUUUAAACUAUUCUGGUCCAAGGUUUUGUUCACUCAAUUUCCUGGUGGAUUCUGUCUUAAACAUUUAUAGUUUAUAAAAGGAGAUCAUAGGUAACGUAAAUAGCUGUUCUCAGCAAAAAUGUAUCGAUUGCCUUACAAUUACAGUAAUGAAAGUCUUGAUAAACUAAUAUCUAUUGUCAAUAUAAAUUAAAACUGUGAAAGGUUUGAACCCAGGAUUCAUUUCAUAAGUAGGUUGAGUAUCAUCGUUGGAUAGCGCAAUUGAUUUUCCUAUUACUUAUCCGCUGGAUAGUGAUUUAUCCGGGCCCGGUUCCUGAAAGGCCGAUUAGCGCUAGUCCAGGAUUAAAAUUUUGUUCUGUUUUUGUAUUUUACCUUCCUAUGCAUUGCUUGGAGUAACAUUUUGUGUUAUCAUUACUGUAUCUUUGAGUAAAGGCUGAACACUCUGUAAGCUCAAGUUGCAUGUUCUUAGACAAGAACACCUCGCUUUAAAUUUGGCUUAAUCCUUGGUUAAGCUUAACCAUCUUUCGAGGAACCGAGCCCUGCAGAUGGAUAACGCUAUGGCGUUUUGGUUUUCGGUUUCGCUUACAUAGUCUAGUCGACUCUCGCUGAUGGUACUUGCAACAUAUUAUUUCUAUUUUUCCCCCUUCUACUAUUUUUCUUACACCGGGAGAUACUCUGUUAACCCUCCAAUCCUCUCUUGCUACAUAUAAAUGUAUAAGUUUCUAUUAAGAAAAGUAUAAUUCAUUAUUUUUUACAGACGACCAUGAUUUUCAAUAUCAAAUGCCGGAGAAGCCAAUUCAAGUUCCGCUAGAGGAGAAAAUACCAGAAACCGUUGCCGUGCUUUUAGAAAAAUACCUGGCGAAAAACGAAAUUGACCCUAAUGAAAGAAUUUGGCCCGUCAUUUGGGACUUCGCUGGACAAGGCAUUUAUCGUGCUGUGCAUACAAUCUUCUUUUCCUCCGAGGAUAUUUUUCUUCUCGUGGUUGAUCUUUCAAAGAAACUUGGUGAGAAAGCAUUAUGGCGAGUGAAUGCAGAUCAAAACGAGCACACCGUAAGUGCCCGGGAAGAUGAGGAAACCAAUUUGGAUCACUUAGUAAAGUGGAUGGAUUUGAUUCAAUCUUUACAGAGGGCUGAUCAGAAGGAGAGUCUUUUACAUCCCCCCGUUAUACUCGUGGGUACGCAUGCUGACUGCGUAGACGAUCCAAGUAAAGAAAUGAAAUUGGUAGAAGAAAGGUAUUUAAGUUUAUUUGGUGAAUCUUCUUACUUACCACACAUUGCAGCCUGUCUACCGAUUGAUAACACAAAAGCUGGUAAAUCUACGGACCAGGAAGAAAUCAUUGAGUUGCGAAAAACGAUUCUGGAGUUGGGUGAAAAAAUGCCUCAUACCAAGAAGAAGAUCCCUUUGCAGUGGCAUCGAGUUGAGAAUGAAGUUAGCAAACCGAUCUGGCAACGACAAAAAUAUCUACUAAAGAAAUCUUUUCGAGAGGAUAUUGUUUCACGCUACUGUACGUUUGCGAAUGAGGACGAAUUUAAUGAGCUUCUGCAUUUUUUGCAUUGUCGUGGGACAGUAGUUUACCAUGAACAUGAACAUGCUGGAGGGAAAGCUGGUCUGAUUGUCUUGGAUCCUCAGUGGCUAGUCAAUGUAGUCUUUGAGAUUAUUAAUGUGAAAUGUCAAAAGCACGAGCCAUGGCGUAUCAAAAGAGAUCGUAAAAAGUUGGCUGCAGAAGGAAUUCUUUCCAGGCGGUUAAUUGAUCAUAGCUGCGAACAUAAAAGUCUAGAACCCAUUGAAGACUCUCUAAUUUCUUUAAUGGAUAAGUUCAACAUCAUUUGCAAGUGGCCAGAAAAAGCCGAAGAAACAGAAACAGAAGAAUCAUGGUUCCUCGUUCCUUGUAUGCUGACUACUUAUUCUGAAGAAGAGAUAACAGAUGAAGUGGAUUACCCUGCACCUUUAUAUCUCACCUUCAAAACUAAAUGUGUUCCAAGUGGACUUUUUUGUCGACUGCUUGUGCUCUUUGGAGAAAAUUUGCGGUACGCAAAGCUGUACGCAAAUGAAGCCAAAUUUUCUCUUGACGAUGAAAAUCAUGUUCUCCAGUUAAUGUGCUACAGGACAGUCGUCAAGCUACGCAUUUCUGGAGAGAAUGACGACACUCCUCCCCAAAAGCAUUAUGACUAUGUUUUGAGGUAAGCAAUCGAAAUCAAAUUAUGUUCCUCGUGGUCGUCACAUUUUCAUAAAAUGAUUAUUUCUGGUGGUUUCUCUAAAUCACCCUCGGGUAACGCCGGUAAUUCCUUUAGGGAAGUCUUCUGCUUUUUUUGUUGAAUUUAAAGUAGGCCGUUUACUUUUGGAACUCCACUGAAGACAAUAAAUUGUUCCUUCACCGAGAAUAAGCGGAAAUGAAAUACUCUUUAUUAUUUGUCUCUUUCAACUUUCUCCCCAAGUUUUUUCCCUUUGGUUAUAAUAGUUUUUAUUAUUAAUUUGUAGCCAUUUGAAGACUUUCUUGGAAAAGCUUAAGAAAGAGUAUCCUCAUCUGCGUUCAAUGUCUGAGACGUUAUGCGCUCGAAGCACAUUUUACAAAGGAAAGGAGACAACGCCAUGUGCCCGACACGACGAAAGGUCAUGUAGGCACCCUGAUUGUGGCCACUACAUUCCAUUGGACGGAAGAAUCCUUGGUUUUGAGACAAGUGACCUGAUGAAACCUUGGAUCAAGGCUGGUGAUAACUUGUCUAAGGUGCGCAUUGUACUGCCAUUGCUAUGCUUAUCACCAGUAAGUUCUACUGACAAGAGAAAAGAAAGGCUUUUCUCUUAAUUGAUACAAUCUUCAGACAAACUAUUAAAAAUUAUCGUUGCUGCUCCCGGUUUGGUUCUCACAUCCCUGAUUGGCUUUUCCCUUGCGGUAUACGAUAUCAUUCCAAAUGUAUUUCUGGUGUUUCGGUUUUCUGUUUCUCUCAGUUAGAAAUACCAGAACAAAUAUAUAACCUUCCUUUUGAGGAAAAGGAGAACUCACAAAAACCACACACACACACUCACGUACAUCACCUAAUGAAGCACAUUAUGGCAACGUUUAAUGCACAGGCAAUCCGAUAAGAUUAACCACUUGCAAAAACUUGUAGUGUUGAGACACUCCGACGAGAAAACGACCUUUCUUGCUUUAAAUCGCUGCUAGUCGCAGGUCUGUGAGCUAGAAUAUUAACCUCCCUCCUCCCCUCCCUUCAAAGUUGUUCCUCCAAGUUUUCAGCAUGGUCUUGUAUUGCUAGCAACUUUGAUAGGAGGUGAAGGGGGAUCACAAGCAUUAGAUCAUGGACAGGUGGAUUAUGUAUUCACCAAAAAAAAAAUGUCUUUGGCCGUACAAGAAGUCCCUCUUGUAAUUCAUGAUGUUUUCAACGAACAUUGUUAUUUAACGUUAUGUAUGAAUGUAUCAAUCAUGGAGGUAUCAGUAACGUGCAUUAGUUUGGAAAAUAAGCCUAACUAUUGCACCGCAAAACUGUCUUACAAAUACUCAUGUUGUACUUCAUACAAUGAACGUAACACCUUUCAAAAGAAAUUCACCAAUCCACACUUAACCUCAACGGUGUACCAUUAAAUUCUUGAGGUAGGGUCUUGAUAAUUUAAGGAAAAAUAAAAAUAAUCUGCAAAAACAAACCUGAUAUUGAGCAAAAACAUAGCAUCGAGUUAAUGCUAUUAUAUUUACAACCAAAAACCAGGAAUCAAAUUUAUCUCUUUUGAAUUUUACAUCUUAUGCUUUACUGGAUCGAUCUCUUUGUCUAAAGGGAAGGCUAAAAUAGUAAUCAGGCUGAUCUUUGUGCUCACCAUUUGUAUACUUCACAAACUGGGCCCAGGGCGUGUAAACCGCGACCUUUAUGGCUCAGUCAAUUCUAAGCGUGCCUUCCCACUUUAGUUUCGGGCAUCUAAAAUUUUUCGUCCGGAAAGCUGCAAAUUAAGCCCCACGGUGUGGCCAGGAGAUUGUUACAAAAGUCCCCCUUAGGGCUUGAAAAUGUGUGAAAAUGAACCACACUGGGGACGUAGCAAAAGGUAUGUUUCCUUGAAAGAGGCUGAAAAUGGCAAAUUCAGGCAGUGCGUGAAUGAAAGUGGACAAAACAGUAUUGACUUCACUGGUGAAAAUUAAACACAACAACACAACCGCUUAAUAAAAACCCACUACUACAUAGAAUAUUGUUAAGUGAGAGUUUUCUCUAUUUUGGGUUAGACCCCUUAAGAACGUGUUCUUGACCUUUCGAAAUUUUAACAAGGAAAUGUAAAACGUAAGGAAAUGUACUUUUGUUUCAAAAGAGUCUGUUUGUUUCUUACUCCUUUCUUUACAUCCAAAUGUCGGCUGUUUUCUCAGGCUAGGAAAAGCCUACAGGCUCACGUAUUUUAAACCAGAUGCCAUAGUCUCAAAGCUUCAUUAAAAAACCGAGUCAAAUCAGACAAAAAUUGUAAUAAUCACUACGAGCCUCAGCGCUCCGGAAGUUAAAAAAUUCGUACCGUCUGGUUGCUAUGAAGUGACGUAGUCAUCCAGUUGAGUAUCCAUCACCGUAAGACUUUUGCGGUCAACUACCGCGUCGCUCGUAAAGUACUUUAAUUAAAACCGUGUUCAAAACCCUGUAGGAAGUCUGUUUAUUUUUGAGUCAAUUAAUGCACUGCUGACUUUCACGAGGUCAACUUUUGCAUAAAUUAUCAAACAUUAUGUUAAGCGGGAAAUCUACCUAUGGUUCGCGGGAGAAGCAACUUCUAUAGCGGCGCAAGACAAAUGUUUCGAGAGUCGAGGAUGUGCUCACAAACUAUUCACUAUGUGACGAAAGGAGAAAUCACUGGCAUGAUAGCUGCAUGUAAUAGUAAUUUUAUCAAUCCAGGUCGCGCCGUGUUCGCUCGAGAACGCUGUGACAACCUCGUUUGGCGCGCUUCUCAAUACUUCCAAAACAUGCAUGUUGUAAUCGGUAAGUAGACUUAAGCACUUAGUAUCGCCAAGCCAUUCGAAUCAGUGUAUACCAAAUUCUUUGUCUGAAGAUUCUCGCAAACACAUAUACCAAGUACAUCUGGAUGGAAGAGGAAAUUGUCUCCCUAAACGCAGCCAGAUUAUAUUUUGAAGGAUGGCAGCACAAUUCAACGCGUGUUCCAGGUCAGCCCUAAUUUAUAGUUGGUAUUAGUAUAAAUUGCGAUCUCCCUAUUGAGCUUUCUUUGAUAAAACUUCAGUAGAAACAAAACAACGCAGACAUGACAUUCUCCUGCAUGAGACACAAUCGGCUGAAGGAAAUAUCUGUUUACAAGUCGGGUAAAUUAUCCAUUCUUGCGCACCGCAAAAUCAGCUAAAGUCAGUCGCUGGAAACCUGGCAUAUUAUUAAGCCUGAGCGCUUCUAAGAAUAACACGUUUAGAAAUUCGACGCGUGGAAAAAAAGGCAGUUGUUCUAUAUCCUUUCUGGUUCAUCCAGGUAGAAGUCCUGGAAUAUUAUUAUGCCUGAGCGCUUCUAGGAUAUAUAACACGUUUAGCAUUUCGACCCGUAGCCGUAAAAAAAAUAUUAGGCAGUUGUUCUAUAUCCUUUCUGGUUCAUCCAGGUAGAAGUCCUGGAAUAUCAUUAUGCCUGAGCGCUUCUAGGAUAUAUAACACGUUUAGCAUUUCGACCCGUAGCCGUAAAAAAAAAAAAAAUUAGGCAGUUGUUCUAUAUCCUUUCUGGUUCACCCAGGUAGAAGUCCUGGCAUGAUGUUAUUAUGCCUGAGCGCUUCUAGGAUAUAUAAUACGUUUAACAUUUCGACCCGUAGCCGAAAAAAAAAAUUAGGCUGUUGUUCUAUAUCCUUUCUGGUUCACCCAGGUAGAAGUCCUGGCAUGAUGUUAUUAUGCCUGAGCGCUUCUAGGAUAUAUAACACGUUUAGCAUUUCGACCCGUAGCCGAAUAAAAAAUUAGGCUGUUGUUCUAUAUCCUUUCUGGUUCACCCAGGUAGAAGUCCUGGCAUGAUGUUAUUAUGCCUGAGCGCUUCUGGGAUGUAUAACACGUUCAGCGUUUCGACCCGUAGCCGAAAAAAAAAAAUUAGGCUGUUGUUCUAUAUCCUUUCUGGUUACCCAGGUAGAAGUCCUGGCAUGAUGUUAUUAUGCCUGAGCGCUUCUAGGAUAUAUAACACGUUGGCAAUGAAAUCGACCGCAGACUUUAAAAUGUUCUUUUUAGAAGGCACUGAAUUAUUUUUUCCGGACAUUUUGUUUGAUACCGCAUUUUUAAUUAAUUUUAUUUGUCGCCCCAGGAUGAUGACAUGAUUGCGUGAAAAUUGACGCCUCUAUCAUAUUAGAUGCGAAAUACGAUCAGAGAUUAAGGGAAUAGGGAAUGUUGCAAUCUACUGGGUAUCCAGCUGAGAUAGCUGACUUUUACUCAGCUAUCUCAGCUGGAUACUGAGGGGUUUUUUUGGUUGCUAAGACCGUGCAGCUCGUUAUGAUUCAACCUCUUCUGAGAUGCAGCACCUCGAAACAUUCAAAUGAGGUCUGAUUCGCUCAAGGUUUUUCCUACUGUACUGUGCUGUUACAACUUUCACCUUUGUGUCGUGUUAAGACCGCAUCCAAGUUAAAGUACUCGUCAUGAGAGUAAGCUUAAGCAGGUCCCUAGCUUAAGCUUUUAUCCCCACGCCACUUGUGGCAAACAAUACGGCUAUGGAAGGUGUUAAUUAGUGACGUUACCAAGUUUUGUUUUUUGUGGCAGGAAGAAAAAGGAAACCUCAAACCAGAAGAAAGAGGACCGUCGUCCCAACUAGAGGACAACGAAGCAGAGGUUACUAUCAUACCUUGA